AUGAAGGUUUAUUUCACAUACGAGGGCAAGGACGCCAACGGCGUUGUGGUGGACACAACUAUUGUGGAGGCAUACAAGUUGAAGGUGGAUAUCCCAUCCAAAUGGCUCAGUGGGCCAUGCAAACAGCUGCUGCAAUUUGUAGUCACAACAUAUAACAAGAAAGACCCGGAGCAGCAGUUGAACCCAGAGGAACUCAGCAUGUGGCUUGGUAAUGUGGAACUAAAACCAACAGAUAUUGUGGAGAGUCGAAUUAAUGAGUACAACGAUAUCCGUAUCGUACACACACCGAAGGGACGGUCGGGACAAAAUCAGCAACCAGAAGGUUCCAUCAUAUGUACCAACUAUGGCUGCGGCCAGUAUUUUCUUCCAGGGGAAAAUAACGACACAGCCUGCAAACACCACAAGGAGCCACCUGUCUUUCACGACAUUGAGAAGUACUGGCGCUGCUGCACAUCACGGCGGGCGCGCGAUUGGGAAGAGUUUAAGGCGAUUCCGGCCUGUUGCACGGGGCCACAUAGCACAGAAAACCAAGCCGUUUCAUUUGCAAGUGCCCCCGUAGCGAAUGUGCCUCUCGCCUCUGGUCAAGCCGCUGCCAUCACGGGGGUUAAUAAUGCCACAGCAGGGGCACCAGCGGAGCGCCGUACAACAGGGCCACGUGAAUUCGAGGCCGCGGUACGCGAGAAGCGGCGGGAUGAACCGCAGGCCGUUGUGGAUGGAAAGGCAAAGUGCCGUAACUUCGGCUGCCAGCAAGAGUUUAUUGUGGCAGAUAACCACCCAACGGCAUGCCGUUACCACAGUGAGGGCCCCGUGUUUUGGGACACAUAUAGGUAUUGGAAGUGUUGCCCAGACAAAAAGUGUUUCGACUUUGAUGACUUCGUAAAGGUUCCCGGAUGCAGCGUAGGGCCGCACCUGCUGUAA